CAACAUGGCGUCUACACUGAGAAGUUGCGGCAGGUUAGCAGCCAGAUUCCAUGGACAAAAGUUUGCACCACUUGUCGCACCAUUGUCAAGGCCACGUUCAAUGCGACCUGCCGCAUGUGUACAAUAUGUAAGACACCAGACAACCAACCCGGAAACUGGUGAAGAUGCAAAACCAUUCCGCCCCGAAAUUAGCCAGACUGGCUCAUUGAUGGAUAUCGGAACCAGAAGAAUAUUCAACGAGGAUCAUGAUAUGUUCCGAGAAAGUGUCCGGAAAUUCUUUCGCGAUGAAGUGGCACCUUAUCAUGAACAGUGGGAGAAGGAUGGUCAAGUCAGCCGGGAAGUAUGGGAAAAAGCUGGAAAACAAGGAUUACUUGGUGUGAAUAUUAGUGAAAAUGAUCUUGGUAUUGGCGGUGAUUUCCUGUCUGCUAUGAUUGUCAUGGAGGAACAGGCCUAUGUGAAUGCCUCAGGUGUUGGCUUUGGCUUGCACAGUGAUAUUGUAAUGCCAUACAUUGCUAAUAAUGGCUCUAGAGAACAGAUUGAGAGACUGAUACCUGGUCUGGCGUCUGGAGAGAAAAUUGGUGCUAUUGCCAUGACUGAACCUGGUGCUGGAAGUGACUUGCAAGGUAUUAGGACCUAUGCCAAGCAAGACGGCUCUGACUGGAUUCUUAAUGGGAGCAAGGUAUUUAUCACAAAUGGAUACAUGGCUGACCUGGUAAUAGUGGUUGCUGUGACAAAACCAGAUGCUAAAUCACCAGCACAUGGUAUUACAUUGUUCCUGGUUGAAGAAGGCAUGGAAGGAUUCAAAAAAGGAAAGAAACUACAAAAGAUGGGACUCAAAGCGCAGGAUACGGCUGAAUUGUUUUUUGAAGAUGUGCGUUUACCAGCAAGUGCUGUUCUAGGACAAGCCAAUAAAGGAUUCUAUAUGCUGAUGAAUGAAUUACCAAGGGAGAGACUCUUGAUCAGUGUCAUGGGUCAAGCUGCUUGUGAAUUUAUGUUUGAAGAAACCAGGAGCUAUGUAAGACAAAGAAAGGCAUUCGGCAAAACGUUAUCACAUCUUCAGACAAUUCAGCACAAGUUGGCUGAAUUAAAGACUGAAAUCUGUGUUGGCAGAGCUUUUACUGAUAGUUGUCUUCAAAGUUUCAAUGAAAAAAGACUUGACUCCUUCACUGCCUCUAUGGCUAAAUAUUGGACAAGUGAUCUUCAGAACAAAGUGGCGUAUCAGUGUGUACAAAUGCAUGGAGGUUGGGGAUACAUGAUGGAGUACCCUAUCUGUAAAGCAUACCUUGAUGCCAGAGUACAGCCUAUCUAUGGUGGAAGCAAUGAAAUUAUGAAGGAACUCAUUGCAAGACCAAUUGUAUCAGAUAAGUAAACAACAUUGUAUAAAAUAAAAAACAUACAUCUGUCAUAACAGCAGUAUACUUUAAAGCUUUAUGAAAACUGCCUUUUUUAUCUUUCAAUAUCAGAAUAAAUCUGUACUCAUAAUAUAUCCAUACUUGGCUUAUAUCUUUUAUUACCUAUUUAAUGUAAUCUAAAAUGUUCAAUUUGUUGAGUUGUAUUUCAUCAUAUUAUUGUUGACAUUGGUUUAUUACCGGUAGCAUUUGAACUGAAUAUUAGUCCUGGAUGUCAGCUAUACAACCAAUCACUAGAAAUUUCAAAAACUCUGUGUGGUGGCAUUAAUUGGUCUAUAAACAUACUGUCUAAUUGUGUUUUCUUCCAAGAUUUGUAUGUCAAAUACUGUAAACCAAUUAUUUUUUGCUGCUAGAAAUUUUCACGAUUUGCGAAUUUUAUAGAAUUUAUGAUGACAAAAUUUGGUGAUUUCCCCUUGUUACUGUUGAAGAAAAUUUCACUGACUUGCUGAAACUUCAUGAAAAUUUGUCUUUGCAAAAUUAAAGGGUUUACAGUAACCUGUAUGUGAAACAGUUUGAGAAUUCAACUUUCUUUAUAACCAAGGAAAACCUUUUCUUUGUGUUACCUUUCAAAUUUCAAAUGAAUAUUUCCUCUGUAAUAAGUGGUCACAACCAGACCCAACUAUGAUGUAAUGUGGAAAGGUUGCUAUAGUUUUAUUCAGUAACAUAUUAUGGAAACUGAAUAUUGAAUAAUUUCCUCAGGCAUUUUUGCAUAACAGUUGUUAUUUGAGAUUUGCUAUUUUUCAAUGCAAUUAUUUAAAAAAAAAACAAUGCAAUUUUUGUAUCUUUUAGUUUAAAAUAGUUAUUUCAAUUUCCAAUAUUGUCAUAAUUUGAAAGUCAAUUUCAUAACUGAUUCCUGUAAAGCAGUGUGCCAAUUUAUGGCGUUUAUUCAUGUUUUUUUCUGUAUUGGGGAUAUUUGAUUAUUAUGACAGUUGUGUUUUUACUUAUCACUGCAAGGUACAUCUAAGUUUCCUGGGAUAGCUACUCAUGAAGGCUUGUCACAUAAUGCUUGUCUCAGUUUGCCAGAAAACUAGUUCUGGAAUUUCAGAGUAAGCUUGGUGUGCUUUCACAGGUGUGAUGUCAUCUGUAUAUUUGCUAAUAUUUCACCAAAUCCAUCAAACAAAAUGUAAUGCUACAAUACUAUUAUGCUAAUUAUAAAACACUUUUCACUUAUUGAAUGUCCAUCUUUUCAUGUUUGCACUGAGUAAUACCUACUAGUUCUAGUAGUGUACAAUAGUGUAAACCACCUUGUACUAUAACAUGUGAAUGAAAAUUAUGAAAUUCUUAGAUGUGAAAAAUAGGUCAAAGGUUGUGCCCCAGAAAAUGAAUUCUGAAUAAUAUUGAAUUUGACACGUGUUCUAAAUAAUGAAUAAAAUACACAUAUAAUUUGAUUAUUAAUCAGAUUAUUUUGGCUAUGGUUUGUGUGUAUUAUCACUAAGUUUACUGCUGACUAAUUAUGUAGGUAUGUUGAGUCAAGCCUUUGUGUGUACACUGAUCCCAGGUGAUAAAGAAGCAAACCAUGGUUAUACAUGCUGUCUAAUAAUACACAACAUUUCUGUGCACUCGGAUGGGGGAGUGUCUUCAUUGUAACCAUUGUACAUGUAGGGGAGUAACCUUUUAAAAUCUGGAAGAAAAGGAUGGAGGCAUUUUGUGAGCAAAGUGUUUUGAGUGAGCAGGAAAUAAAAUUUUCUAGAAUGAUAAAGGUAUACCAGCAUUUGGACAGUGUUUCACUGCCUGCUAUAAUUAUAUAGCCCCCUCCCAGUUAUUUAAUGGUAUAUCCCUUAAAUUAUUUUUUUUGCCAUAAAUCCCUGAAGUGUAAGUAAUGGUGUUUGAUGUUACAGUGUUUUCUUGUUUACUUUCCAACUUAAAAUGGGAUUUAUUUUAAUUAAAAAAAAAUUAUGCAUAUAAUAUUAAGUUGACAGUAAACAUUUUGUAAUUAAUAUAUUAGAUUUUCAAAUAUACAGAAUGUUGGAAAGAUGACUAAUGAUUAUACAUAUCAUUUAAUGAUGUCAUCAUAAUGAUGUCAUAAAUAUGCACAUGUACCAGAUGUUUAUAGCCAUAAUGAUUGACUUACUACUGACUAUGGGUUGUGUAAUUUCCAGUACUUGUUUUUAACAUAUGAUCAACUGUCUAUAUCUAAAAUAGCAUAUUUACACACAUAUGAAAUCAUACUUUCUGAUUGGUUUCCAUUUUAUAUAUCAAUUUCCUGACUUGUAAAAGCUGCAUGGCCUCCAUGUGUCUUCGGGAACAUUAUAACUAUGUAAAUUGUUUCAGUUUGCUUUAAUGUGUUGUAUGCAUGUUUAGUUGUGGAAGGUUGGUCAAAUAGGUUUGGGUUGGUUGUAAAAAUAAGAAUGGAAUAAAAAUAUUAAAACAUGAA